AUGGGGGCCGGUGGGGCCAAGACCAAGGGGUUUUUUGGGGGAAAACCCGCUUUUAUACAAGGCCGCCGCAGCCCGCGCCUUCUUUGGAGGAAAGAAUUUCUCAAAGCACAGCCAAAGGCACUGGGGACCAUCCAGAUAAUGAAUGGAGUGAUGGUUUUCCUAUUUGGUAUUGUAUGCACCAGCAACGAUGGUUACGGUUAUCCUAUUUAUGUCAUUACUGGCAUAACCUACUGGGGAUUCCUUAUUUACAUCACUGCUGGCUCUCUGACUGUUGCUGUGCAGAAUAAACUUCAUCCGUGUGUGGUGAAAGGCGCACUUAUAAUGAAUGUCAUUAGUGCCAUAACUGCAGCGGCAGCCAUUGUUCUGAUGAGCAUUGACAUGCAAUUCUCUGCAAGGGACUAUGGAGAAUGUUACAAUAAUUACAGUUAUUACGACUCCACAUGUUUAAAACUGAAGAGAUAUGACAUGGGAAUCAUUGGAGUAUUGCUGGUGCUCACCAUCCUUCAGUUCAUCAUCUCCAUCUGUAUCUCAGGAUUUGCCUGCAAAGUCAACAGCAACACCAACUCUACAGUGGUAAAUGUGGCACUGAACCAGAACCAGGGAAAAUCUGUCACUCUGAGGAGAUCCUACUGUUUAAAGGAUGCUAGGAAUUAA